AUGGAUCAGAGUUUUAGGGAUGCGCUGCUAGCUGCUCAGCAAGGAAGCGUUGAUGCCUUGUACACAUUGAUACAUAGCGAUGCAAAAGUUUUGGAUAGGAUCGAUGAGAUUCCAUUUGUUGAUACUCCUUUACAUGUAGCUGCAUAUGCAGGACACACCCGAUUUGCCAUGGAGAUCGUGAGGUUAAAGCCGUCAUUUAUUAGGAAGCUUAAUCAAAAUGGCUUCACCCCUGUUCACCUUGCUUUGCAAAAUGACCAAACCCAAUUGCUGCACCGACUACUUGAUGUUGAUGAUCACCUUGUUCGUGUCCAAGGAAGGGAGGGUGUGACUCUUUUGCAUUAUGCAGCUCAAACAGGAAACAUCUAUCUUUUGGCCGAAUUUCAAAAGGUCUGUCCCAUGUCUAUUAAAGAUGUAACAAUUCGAGGAGAAACGGCUCUUCAUAUUGCGCUGAAUUACAACCAACUAGAGGCUUUUGAACUCCUUAUAAGAUGGCUUCAGCAAACAACGUUUGAAGAUUCCGCAUUGUGGGAAAAGAAAUUGCUAAACUGGAAGGAUGAGGAAGGUAAAACUGUUUUGCACAUCGCAGCAAUGAAAACUCUACCUCAGGUCGUGAGAUGGUUAUUGGAUGCUAGAAUUGAUACAAACGCUACGAAUUUAGCGGGUUUUACAGCUUUGAACAUCUUAGAAGGGCAAACGCAGAUCGACAACAAUGAGAUCAGGGAUAUGCUAGCUUCCUCUCUUCCAAGGACUUUCACCUCUCCUGGAAUGGAUCAGAGUUUGAGGGAUGUUGCAACACAGGGAAACAUUGAUGCCCUGUACGCAUUGGUACGGAGGGAUGUAAAAGUUUUGGAUAGGAUCGACAAGUUACCGUUUGUUGAGACUCCUUUACAUGUAGCUGCAUUUGAAGGGCACACUCGAUUUGCCUUGGAGAUCAUGAGGUUAAAGCAGUCAUUUUGUAAGAAGCUUAAUGAAGAUGGCUUUACCCCUAUGCACCUUGCUUUGCAAAAUAACCAAACCGAAGUGGUGCGCAUGCUACUUGAAGUUGAUAAAGACCUUGUUCGUGUUCAAGGAAAUGAUGGUAUGACUCCUUUGCAUUAUAUAGCUCAAACAGGAAGCCUUGAUCUUUUACCUAAAUUUUUAAAUGUUUGCCCCAAGUCUAUUAAAGAUGUAACAAUUCAAAGAGAUAAUGCUUUUCAUAUUGUCCUGAAAAACGACCAAGUAGAUGCUUUUGACAUCCUUAUGAAUUGGUAUGAGAGCAUCACGGAUUAUGAUAAGUUCACAUUGCAAGACCUGCUGAAUUCGAAGGACAAGGAAGGCAACACUUUGUUGCACAUUGCAGUAUCUCAAAAUCAACCCCAGCUCAGAUAUUAUCGCGUUCAUAAUCCUUUUCGGAGGCAUGUGCUUUCGCUACGAUCGAGUUUACCGAAUGAGUUGCGUAGUAUGCUGUUGGUAGUUGCGGUGCUUUUUUUAACACUCAACUUCCAAUUGGUACUCACCCCCCCGGGAGGACUUUGGCAAGAUAAUUGUGAUCCUCAACACAAUUCGGUCGGUAAUUGCACAGUCCCACACCAGGCAGGGAAGGCGUCGAGGUGUGAGGUUGCUGCGGUGGUGGUGGCAGUUGCUGUUGGGGGCAAUGGGGGAGUGGUAGGAGCGGCAACAGAGAAAGCAGGAGAGGAGGAUGGUGGAGACCGAGAGGAGAGUCGAGAGAAUGGAGAGAUCAGAGAUGAUAGAUUCAGCCAUCCGUUUAAACCUCAUGGAGCUAAAGCCGCCGGGCUGGCAUGCUGCAUUGUACUCCAUUAUGAUCCGUUUGCCGGCGAGGACUCCCAGCAACCUGUGCGAGUCAAGGAUGGUAAACACCUCAAUAAUGGUGUUUCCCUCUGA